UCACAUGCCCUGUUAUGUUAAGUGCAGUGCAGCUAACUAGCUGAGCCUGAGCUCCUCCCCCUCCCAUCUAUAAUACUGUAGUAUCUCACUUGGUGCAGAAGGAAAGCUGCACUCAGCUUCCACCCCCACUAAAAAGAACAAACCAAUCCUCAAGAGGCAAAGGCUAGGUUAGCAAAGGCACCAGCUAGCACUCCAACAGCAAGCACCAAAGAGGGGGAAGCUCUCUGAUUGGUUUUGCUCUUCUGCUGCUUUCCUUGCUCUACAUGGAGGAGUAGUUUUUUUUUCUUUCAAUAUUGCCACAUCUGUUCUUCUCACCUACGCAGUAACCUACUCUCCCCAACCACACACACCUCACUUCUCUCUCUAUGUUACUGGCAUUGGUAAAUUAAAGUGAGUGAACAGUGCAGCUGAGUGAGAGGUGAGGUGAGGCCCCCUCUCGGCAAUUAUUGCCACCUUUGCAGUUUGGAGUCCUCCAAUAGGAGUCUCCUCCUCUUCCUGUGCCAUCUGCAACCACUGUCCCCCUUCUCUCCCUGCCAAUAUAUCUGCUGCCUGGUUGCUCAGGCUUUUGAGGGGUCGGUGCUUGCUUCCUGCAUCCAUCCAUUCAUCAAUCCACCCAUCUCCUCUUGCUGCUUUUAACCACUGCAGCUGGCUCACUGCGAGCCUGAUCCGUUCCUGAGAAGGCCUUUUUUAACGCACCAUCGCCAGCGAGGGCAAGCAAGAAACCGGCCAUUCUUGGUGAGUCCCGAGAAGAUCCCGAGAUAUAUAUACGUGUCUAGUGGUGGUGGUGCUCGUGCUUGUCGUGCCUUCUUGCAUGGAUUGGGACGCCAAGAUGAUGCCUUCUUGGGACCUCGGCACGGUGGUCGGCCCGAGCAGCGGGGGCGGAGUCGUUGCCGCCGGUGGCGGGGCGCUGGACCUCAAGCUGGGCGGCCCGACGAGCUGGAAGGCGGCGGCCGCUGUCGCGGCUGCUCCGUUGCCGCCGCCGCCGCCGCCGUCGUCCGCGCCGGCGAAGCGGCCGCGGGCGGUGCAGGCGUGCUCGGUGGAAGGGUGCGCGGCGGACCUGUCCAAGUGCCGCGAGUACCACCGCCGGCACAAGGUAUGCGAGGCGCACUCCAAGACGCCCGUCGUCACCGUCGCCGGCCAGCAGCAGCGCUUCUGCCAACAGUGCAGCAGGUUUCAUUUGCUCGGUGAGUUUGACGAGGUGAAGAGGAGCUGCAGGAAGCGCCUUGAUGGACACAACCGGCGCCGCCGGAAGCCGCAACCGGACCCUCUGAACCCUAGCAGCUUGUUUGCUAACCACCAUGGAGUGACAAGAUUCGCAUCGUACCCGCAGCUCUUCUCCACAGCAGCCAUGGCAGAGCCCAAGUGGCCGGUCAGCGCUGUCAAGAUGGAGACCGACGCAUUCCAAGACCAGUACUACCCGGCGGUUCACCUCAACCACGGCGCCGCCUCUCUCUUCCACGGCAAGGACAGGAAGCACUUCUCGUUCCUGACACACCACGGCGGUGGCGACGCCGCCGCAGCCUUGGGCUGCCAGUCGUUCACCAUCACCCCUUCCUCAGAGAGCAGCAGCAAGCAGAGCAAUGGCAACUGUGCUCUCUCUCUUCUGUCAGACAACCCGACACCGGCACAAAUCACGCUCCCCACAGCACAGCCCCUCGGCGCGGCGCUUCAGUACGGCAAUGUAGCACGGCUGCCUGACGGCGGCGACGUCUCGCUCACCGGGAUGUCUUAUGUAAAGGUGGGAGACAAAGCAUCCAUUCUGGCCACAUCUACCAUUCACACUGCAGCAGCUGCUGCUGCUGCUUCUCCCGCUGCUGCUGCUGCUGCUAGUGCAGUUGCAACACAGCUGCAAUACCAUGGUUACUACCAUGUGGAUGGUGGUGAUCACGGCAACCCAGAUGGUGCCGCCAUUCAGGCCCUUCCCUCUCAUCGUGGUAGAGGAAUCCCCAAUCAGCUAUUCUGAUUUAUCAGUUGCUAGGCAGUCGCUCUUGUUGUUCACCAAGUAUGUCAGUCAUAAUAGUAGUCUUGAUGGUGCUGAGAACUACGACAAGAGAUGUCCAUUUUUUCAAAUUAUCCUGAUGGUUCUAAACUUCUAAUUUAUGGAAAAUUAACCUAUUUAUGAUUCAGAAUUA